AUGGAUAAUGAUUAGUAGGUUAACUUCCUGGAGGAUCAGGAACAAUUUGAUGAAAACGACGAAUACGAAUAGACUAUGGGAAGACAAUUUGAAUCUGUCGUUGUCAUUAAGGAUGAAAAAGGUGAAGUACAGAAGAAAUACACUUUGACAAUCCAAAUUAUUAAAGCAAAUUAUGAAAAGCCUUACUUGGGAGGAUUGAAAAAUAAGAAGUCUGGUGCUUUGUUGCAUCAUGCCUUUGCUCAAACCAACUAAUAUCGAAGAGAGCAUAAGGAGAAAAAUCACAGAGACACACAAACUCAUUUUGAAUCCACCAAGUCUACGAUAAUGAUGAGGGAAUUUGGCACAUAGAUGGAAAAGGAAGAUCUAUUCAUUGAUUUACGAAAUGAUAGGAAUUUUGAACCAAAAUUAUAUUUUACAAGUGAAAUGUGGGAAGAACGAAGAGAAGAAGCAGCUUUAUUUAUUUAACGAUUGAUUCGAGGCUGGUUUGCCAGGAGGAGAACUAAUGCCUUGAGACAAAAAAAGCAGUAAUUACAAAAUGAAUAAUUGGAAAAAGAAGAAGAUUUCAGAAGACAAGAAGAAGUCAGACACAAGAAAGAAAUAGAAAGAAGAACCAAUCCUAGAACCAAGGAGGAUUUCCAAAUUUUAUAUGAGGAAUUAGAACUAUGGAGAACGACUGAAAUUGCCAGAAUCAAAUCCUCUGCUAUGUCUGAAGAGGAAAAACGAGCUGCUCUUAAGUAAGUAUUAAAUAAGGAAACCGAUUUACUCUAAACCAUAGACAGGUUGAAGAUUAUAGCAAAUCAAAAGAACAAAGAUGAGAAAAUCAAUAAGUUCUUAAAAUCUAUCUCAGAUCCUAAAAAGUGGCUUAGGAAAUCAGAUGGUAGAUUCACUGAAGUUCAUACUCUCUAUACCACAAGAGCAAGAGAAUUGAUGGAUAUAUAUAAUGGCUUAAAGCAAAGAAAACUAAGUUUGGAUGAAAGACUGGAUAUUCUCGUUAAUACCAAAUGGACAGUGAAAGAAUGGGACUGCAAUCUGACGCGAGAGAUAGUUGAUUUGAUUGAUAGGGAGGCUGACAUGUUAAACAGAGGUAGACCAGAACCUUCUUUAGAGGGAUUAAGACAAAGACUAUAGAACCUAUUUUUAUAAUUCAUUGAAACACCAGAAUUCAACCCAGAGGCAGCAAGAUUUUAGAAAAUACCUUAUGAAAUCCUAAAAUCCACUUCUUGAUCCAAAGAGCUUAAUUUACAUUUUUAUAUAAAAUAUAUACAAAUUCGAAAUCUCUAAAUGCA